CUGAUACGAUUGCGAUCAGUCGCAAGGAUGGCAGUGGAGUCUGUCCUGAUCAUCAAUAACUACGGCAAACCGCGGCUGGCAACAUUCUAUCACUCCAUACCACCUGCGCAGCAGCAGCUCUUGAUCAGAACCAUCUUCAAGCUGGUCUCCAGUCGGCCAGAUGGAGACGUGUGCAACUUCCUGGACGCUCCUGAAUUAGACCCUCUGCUGCAGACGGGCCGGCCAGGCGAUGCGACGAAGAGCAAGAGCAAACCUCGUGGCGAAAAGGGAGAAGGUAGCAGCACUAUCUCCAGUGGGCAGGAAAGACGGGUAAUCUACCGGCACUAUGCCACUCUGUGGUUCGUCUUCGUAGUGGACCAGAGCGAAAGCGAAUUGGGUAUCUUGGAUCUCAUUCAGGUCUUUGUCGAGUCCCUGGACCGCUUCUUCCCCAAUGUCUGCGAGUUGGAUCUCAUAUUUCACUACGAAGAGGUCAAUGCGAUCUUGGCGGAAGUCAUCCAGGGCGGACUAGUCCUCGAGACGAACAUCAGCGAGAUAGUCAAGCAAGGUGGGUGUAUUGAGAGGCUGGAGAAGGGAGUCAUCCGCAACCUCGUUCUGACCAUGAUCUCUGAUUUGCAUCGCAACCUGGCCCAAUAGCGCAAGCGACAGCGAAAGCUCGUAAAGCUUCAGCGGCGGGUCCGAGACCGGCGGGUCUCAUUGGGGGAAACGGG